AUGAAUAAAAUCCAGCUUGUGAAUCUCAAAUCAAUUUAAUUGACUAAGAAAUUCAAAAAGAAGAAAAAUUACUUAUCAAAUCAAAAUGGAUUUAAUCUGAAUUGGAUGUUGUCAAGUAGUAAAUUCUGUAAAUAGCCAAUCUCACUUUCUCUUAUUAUAAAUUACAUUUCCCUAUCAAUUCUUCUGUCUCUAUCAAAGAGCAUAUUAAAUUUAUUCAAAUAAUAAGAAAUUUAAACUAUAACUGGACUACCUUGGAUGACAUUUUUAAAUAGUAAAGAGUAUGUAAUAAUCCAUGAUAUAGUAUAGAUUACAAUUAGAAAGAAUGAAAUUAAUAAAAUCACAAAAGUUAAUUGAUGAACCAAUCCAUCCUAAGAUUGCCAAUUAUAAAAUAGACUUUACUUAUGUCUAAUACUUAUUUAAUAAAUAUUACAAUUCCAAAAAUAUUGAUUACAAAUAGCCAUAUCAAUUACUAAAUUUAUUGGUUAAAAAAAAGUUGUAUAGAAUCAAUAAUCGUAUUUGCAUGAGCAUAACAAGUUUGGAAGAUGUUCCUCAACUGCAAUUAAUUAAUACGAAUCUGAUAUAACCAAUCUUAAAUUAUGACUAAUUUAAUAGUACAUUUGAAAAAAGAAUGAAUAAAUUAAUGAACAGAAACUCAUAGAUUUAACAGUCCAUACGUUAAUACAACUAUCUCUAUUAUAAUUAGAGAACUUCUAUUCCAAAUUGCAAGACUUCAGAUGAUCUUCCAACCUUAUAGAGAUAAAAAUUAAAUCAUAAUUGUGAAUCAGAUAUAUUAAUACUUCCUGAUCAUAGAACUUAGAGAACAAAUUAUAGAUUUGCAAAAUUAAUUGAAAGAUAAGAAAAUAAAAAUGUUAAACCAAUAAACAUUAAAGAUUAAAUGGAAUUAGUAUUAAUGUAGAAAAUUAAACGUCAUCACACAUCUUCCGAAAGAGAUGAUUCUAAGUAAAUUAGUAGAUCUCAAUUAUUAAGAAGUGUGAAAUCAGAGCAUUUAUUGAUUGAGUAAGAAAUUUUCUUUAAAAAAUUUUUAUAGCCAAUAAAAGAAUAAAAAUUUAAAAUAAAACAAAACAAAUGA